GCGCGCGAGCGCCAGCGCGGCCGCGUCUUUCGCAGGAAUGAAGGCAGCCAGAGCCCAGCGUCCAGCCGCUCAAACCGCUCAGACCCCUUGCCUGCGGAGGAGCUCUCCGAGGACGAGGAGCCGCCCGCCACGCCCAAAAAUGCCCGCAGGAUUGAGAAGGAGACGCGGGAGAAGCUUGCUCGGAGGGUCUUCCAGGAAGAGCAGAAGGAACAGCGUGAAGCUGCUGCCAGGGCAGAGGCAGCCAGGCGCGAGCUGGCCGCCCGGAAGAUCCAAGCCUUCCAGCGCGCCAACGCGCUGCAGCUGAGCCGCGCCAGGGCCUUCUCUGAGCGGAAGGAGGAGUCCGAGGUGGCCAGAGAACGUCGCAGAGCAGAACAGAAGCGGGCAGACCGGCAGCGCGUGGACGAACUGCGGCGCGCGGCCGAGCGGCGCACGAAGCAGAGAGCAAGUCGGCCAAAGGAAGCCAGACAAGACAGGCCUCUUUCCGAGCGGCGUGCUGUUUCAAGAGGCGCAGCUUCAAGGGCAAAGUCGCCCAAGGCUCAACUGCCCCGCUCGCCCCGCGCCCGCUCCCAGUCGCCGAGAGAAAAUGCGCAGCGAGACUACGAGAGAGUGCCCAGAAGUGCAUCCAGAGGAGCGUCGCCGGCGCUCGAGCGGCAACGUCCAGGAGUUUCGGGCAAGUCCCCGCGUGCGCGAGAGAGCCGCGGAGAUCCAGGCAGCGGUCCAUCGGCAAAAGCCGCAUGGUGGGAGAGGAUCGACUCACGACAGAGCCAGGAGAGCUGA